AUGUUCAUUAAAGAAACGUUUUUUAUUAUAUUAUUUGUUAUUAUUCAAUCUUCAAUAUACACAUAUUCAUUUAGUUUCUUUAGUAAUUACAAAAAAUGUAGAUAUAGUAAUGAUAGUAAUAGUAGAGAAUCACUUUCUUUAGGUGUUUUUCUUCCUCAAUAUUAUAGAAAGCAAAUAGAACCAGCAAUUGAACUGGCAUUACGUCAUGCGCACAAUACACCAAAUGUCAUUCCAGAUUAUUGCCUUAAUUUAAUAUUUAAAGAUACAGAGUGUAAAACAUCAUUAGGAAUGAAAGCAUUAUUUGAUCUUAUGAGUCGAAAUACAAAACCUGUUGCAGUUUUUGGUGAUGUUUGUACUAAUGUUAAUGAACCUGUUGCAAUGACUUCUGGACAUUGGGAUUUAUUACAUUUAUCAUAUGCUGAAACACAUUCCAAAUUUGCAACUGCUGAUGCCAAUGAAUUAUACCCAACAUUCUUUCGUAUGGUUCCUGGUGAUAGAAAUGUUAUUGCUGCAAAAUGUCAAAUGAUUUUACAUCAUAAUUGGAGAAGAGUUGGAACUAUUAAACAAGCUGAUGAUGCAAGAUUUUCAUUAGCUCAUGAAUCUUUAACAACUAAAUUAGAAAAUAAUUAUGGAAUUCGGGUAGUAUAUACUGCUGGUUUAAAUUUAGAUGAAUUAGAAAAAGUUUCCUCAGAGUUAGAUGAAUUAAAAAGUCGUGAUGCUCGUAUAAUUAUUGGAGAUUUUGAUCGUCAUUUAGCCAUAAAAAUUUUAUGUGAAGCAUAUUUAAAAGAGAUGUAUGGUAAUAAUUAUGUAUGGAUAUUAGCUGGAUAUCAUAAUGAAACAUGGUGGGAUGUUACUUUUGAAGAUUCAAAUUGUACCAAAGAACAUAUUCUUAAAGUAUUAGAUGGUCAUUUUUCAAUUCAAUUUGCUAUGGAUAGAUACGAUAAGAAGACUAAAUUAGUCAGUGGAUUAACUGCAAAACAAACAGAAAAUGAGUUGCAAAAAGUAUGCAAAAAUGUAUGUAAAAAUAAUAUUUAUUCUAAAUAUGCCUAUGAUGGUAUAUGGACUUUAGUUUUUGCAUUAAAUAAAACAUUAGAAAAUGAAAUUGAUGCAUCAAUUGAAUUUGACAGGGAUACAUUUUUAUCUUCGCUUCAUAAAAGUCGAUUUGAGGGAUUAACAGGAAAAGUUGGUUUUGAAAAUCAUGAAAGAUUAGGAAUAAUAAAUAUUUAUCAAUUUUUAAAUAAAUCUUAUCAUAUGUUUGGUUAUUAUGAUGGUAUUGAUGAUAAAUUGAAUAUUCUUAAUAUUACUAAAAAAUAUAAUUGGAUAGUCCCACAAGAUGCUACUAUUGUUGUACGUGAAAGACAAUAUGUCAGUAAAAUAUUAAUAUGGAUAAUGAAUAUAAUAUCUAUAGUGGGAAUUUGUAUUGCUCUCAUCUUUCUUGCUAUUAAUAUACGUUAUCGUAAUCAUCGAUUUAUUAAAAUGUCUAGUCCAAAUAUGAAUAAUUUAAUAAUUUUUGGUUCAAUAUUAGCUUAUAUUUCUGUUAUUCUUCUUGGUGUUGAUACAAGAAUGGUAAGCUCUGAUAAUUUAGUACCAUUUUGUCAUGCAAAAGUUUGGGUUCUUUGUAUUGGUUUUACAUUAGCUUUUGGAUCAAUGUUUUCAAAAACCUGGAGAGUACAUUCAAUAUUUACUAAUAUACAAUGGAAUAAAAAAGCAAUCAAAGAUUAUAAAUUAUUUUUAAUUGUAGCAUGUAUUUUAGCUAUUGAUAUUGUUAUCCUUGGAAUAUGGGCAUUUUUAUCACCAUUUUCAUUUAAAAUAAUUGAUCAACCAAAAAUUCUUUUAAAUAAUUUAGCAAUUGUACCUGAAUUAGAAGUUUGUCAAAGUAAUAAUAGUCUUAUAUUUCAAUUAUCACUUUAUGGUAUAAAAGGUCUUCUCAUGAUUCUUGGUUGCUUUUUAGCAUGGGAAACAAGGCAUGUUAAUGUCCCAGCAUUAAAUGACAGUAAAUAUAUUGGAAUGUCAGUAUAUAAUAUAGUUGUAAUGAGUGUGCUUGGAGUGUCAUUAGCUGUUUUGUUAAAAGAAAAAGUUGAUGAAGCAUAUGCUUUAUCAAGUUUUUUUAUAAUAUUUUGCACAACAUUAACAUUAUUCUUUGUCUUUGUACCUAAAAUUGUUGAAUUAGCAAGGCAUAAUAAUGAUCAAGAUACAAAAGUAUAUAGAAAAGGAAUGUUAAAAUCUGUCACUAACAAAAAAUCUGAACAAUUUAUUAAUACUUUAAAAAAAAAUAAUAAUGUUGUGGAAACGAAUAAACAAAAAAUAGAAAGAAUUGAAAAAGAAAAUUUUGAAUUAAAAAACAAAUUAAAAGAAUUAUCAUUAGAAUUAUGGUCAUUAAUAGAAGAAUUAAAAAAGCAAAAUUUUUGCAGCUUACAUGGAUCAUACGAUGAAAAAAAAUUAGUAUUUUUAUACAAUGAAGGGGAAGAAGAAACUAAACAACUAUUAGAAAGUAGCAACUCUUUUGUAUACGAUAUAUCAUUAAGGAAAGAAGCAACUAUAUUAUCACAUAAAGGUGAUAAUGUAAAAACAAAAUUGUUAAGUGAUGAAGAGAAUAGUUUAGAAAAAUAUAGCAAUAAAAUAAAGGCUAAUAGUAAAGAUGAAAACGCUGUUAAAGACUUUUUACCAGUAAAUGAAGCAAACAUCAGUCCACAAAAAAUACCUUUAACUUCAAAUGUCAAUUUAUCACCAAAAAAAGAUAAUUGCGAAAAUUCAUGGCCAUGGUUGGAUCCAACGCAACAUAUUACAAUGCUAUAA